AUGUUGAGCUGCGUAAACGAAAUUCAAAACUUCAUGUUUGAAAUGAUCAACGAUGAAUGGGAACAGUUCAAAAGUGAAACCCAUGGAGCUACUUCCGUCAAAACGGUUACGGAUGCUCAUAUGUCGUUUUUGGAAUCAAUUACGAAAUGUGUGAAUGACGGAUCUGUGUCAUUAGACGCUUAUGUUGAAUCGUUGAAAAUACACGUCGAAAGAUUUUCUAAUGUUUUAAGUUGUCUCGUUGAUACGACGGAAUCGUCGUCGUCCGAAGACCCGAGUACCCGAAAGUACAGCAAACUUUGUGAAGAAAACAACAUGAUAAAUGCAUUUAUGGACAAUGUCGGAGAUAUAAAAAAACAAUACGAGACGGAACUCGGCGACUUUUUGAUAAAACUUCAAAAUGGCGAGACACGAGGUCUAGGAGCACUAGCAUUGAGGAUCGACUUUAACGGCUAUUACUCAACCAACGUGAGUUGCAUAUAUUGGGCCCGACCGUGUGUAGUUAUUACGGAUGAGUGA